GGGUUUAUGCUGUAAUAAAAUCAAAACAUUGGUUGAAAGUAAAAUGGAUGCCUACAAAGUAUUGUGUAUAAACAAUACUUCACUUUCUCUUGAAUGCUGUGAUGACAUCAAAAAAGAAGUUGAAUCGUAUGAAAGAUCAUAUGAAUCAUUAUGUACGAACAAAACUUAUGGAUUCCCUCGAUUUAACGCAAACUUUACAAAUCUUGUAGCAACUGGUCGUCAAGGUCCAACCUCAAUUGGUCAAUAUUAUAAAUAUCAAGAUCAUGUAAACAUGGUUAGAGUAUUAAAAGGUAUCCAGUAUUGGACUGUACCUUACACUGGAACUUAUGAAAUUACGGCUGUCGGUGCACAAGGAGGUUAUGAUAGAUCUGGCUCUACUUACAGAGGUCGUGGGGCUUACAUGAGAGGGGACUUCGAUUUAAAGAAAGGAGAAGUUAUCAAAAUUCUGGUUGGGCAAAAAGCACUUGUUAAUACUGUUUACCAAUCUUCAGGAGGACGUGGAGGUUCUUUUGUUGCAAGGAACAACAAUGUUCCACUACUGGUUGCUGGAGGACGUGGUGGUUUAGAAAACCUGAACAAACGUCUAGAAAAUUGUGAUGCCAGCAAUAAGACAUCGGGAAAAAAUAAUAAAUGUGUCACACCUUGUGGAAUCUGGGCUGGAGGAGUAAAUGGACAGGGAGCAAAGCAGGCAGAUUCAGGAAAUUCAGGAGGUGGAGGAGGUGGAUUUUACAGCAAUGGAAGAAGUAGUAAACAGUUUGGUGGAAAGUAUGGAAAUGGUGGAGAAGGAGGUUUUGCUUUCAUAAAUGGAGGAGCAGGAGGACGUGCCAAGCUUAACAAUGCUGUUGGUAAAUUUGGAGGUGGUGGUGGAGAAUAUGGUAAUGGUGGAGGAGCAGGUGGAGGUGGGGGCUACUCAGGUGGAGCAUCUGGGGAUAAUGUGAAUGGAUCUUGUGGUGGUGGAGGUGGAUCUUACAAUGCAGGGAAAUAUCAAGUAAACAAGCCUGGUUUUAACAACAAUGGAGACGGAUAUGUCGUUGUCACUCGAAAGUCGUAAAAGAAAUUCGUCUUUAUGUUAAAUCGUAUCAACUCACUCUCUAACAGUACAUAACACUCUACGAAACAUCUUGUUUCGCAAAAAUAAAAAGGUUAAAGUUUUUGAUUUACAUUCAAGAUUGAAUUGUUAUAAGUGAAUAAUAUUAUAGGAUGAGCAAAUGUAAUAGCAUAUACUUGUUACUGUAAUGCAUUAAUAAACAAAGUAAGUAUGCUUUUUA